UAAGGCGGAAGCGGGUCUUUAGCUUAGCGCGAAAUGUCUUGAAUGAGUCUUUCAAGUUUGCAUGUAGAUCGUGAACCUGAUCUCCGCAGCUCUCUGAAGGGAAGAGACUAAAAUACAAGCCGACGGAGAAUCAGCUGCUGUGUUCCUCUUCUGACGGAGUUUCCUGUUGAACCCAGUCUUGUGUGAGUCUCCGUCAGGUUGGAUAUUAACUUCUGAGGUUAGCUGCUAGUGGACAGUGCAGUUAGCUGUUGUUGCUAACUAGCGGCCUUGACUGGAGCUGAUGCAUUAAAACAACAGUCAGCUCCUUGUCUUUGCUGUGACUUCCGGACCAGAAAUGGCGGAUAGUGGGGAUGCAAUGGCCGGUGAUCUGGAAGAUGGCGAGAUCUCCGGGUCCGGCUCGGACACAGACAUGGGGGCCACGGCGGCAGCAGCACUGAGUCGACCCCGGGUUCCUCCGGCUUUCAGCGGCCAGUCCUUCCAGAACAGAGCCGCUGCCCAGCCCCCUGCCGCCGCCUACCGCAGCGCCGGGAAGACGGCGGAGUCCAGCGACAGCGACCAGGCCUCGUCGGAUGAGGAGGCGUCUGUUUGGCGCAAAAAGCGACAGAAAGUGUCCCAAGCUCCACAGCCUCCUGCCUCCGCCACCGUCCGACCUGCGCCGACCCGCCUGUCCGCCCCCAGCGAGUCAGGAGGCCGCAAGGUGAACAACAUCUGGGGCUCCGUGGUCCAGGAGCAGUGCCAGGACGCCAUCACCGCAGAGCUGGGCAUAUUCGGCAUGGAGGGUGAAGUCAGCAUGUCCAGCAGGAAUGUGGAGACCUAUAACUUCGUCCUGGCUCGUAAGAUGAUGGAGAAGGAGAGGGAGAAGGAGAUGCAGGCACAGGACGAUGGAGAGGUGAGCAUGCUGGACACCCAGCUGGACGAGUACAUGAAGGGCCGGGGGUCAGAGGACAGGUCGGGUGAAGAUGCCAAGAGGAAGAGGUCAGCUAAAGACAGACUGGGCCCCAGAGCCGAGAUGGACAUCAAGGGCAGGUAUGAGAUCACAGAGGAUGACCCUGAGGAGAAAGUGGCAAAUGAGAUAGCACACAGGCUGCAAGAGCCCAAAACAGACCUGAUAGAGCGUAUCGUUGAUGUCGUGGGGGUGAAAAAAGCCAUCGAGCUGCUCGGAGAGACGGCCACACUGGAGGACAGAGGAGGGGUGUACACCAUGGACGGCACCCGGCGUCGGACACCCGGCGGGGUGUAUCUCAACCUGCUGAAGAACACGCCCAGCAUCACCAAGGCCCAGAUCAGGAAGAUCUUCCUUGACGAGAACCAGAAGGACAACAAGAGCAAGAAAGCUGCUCAGAAGAGGAGGAGGUACAUGGUGGCCAAGAAGAUGAAGCAGGCCAUCGGGACGCUGAACCUGCAGGAGCAUGACGACGGGUCCAGGGAGACUUUCGCCAGUGACACCAACGAGGCCUUGGAGUCACUGGAGGAGGCUGCAGAGGAGGUGGAGGGUGAGGAAGAGGAGGGUGAGGGAGAAGCUGCUGUGGGGAUAGAGGAGACGGCUGUGGUGUACAACUCUGCAGACCUGGAGGUCUUCUGAAUGCUUCCUGCUGUUUGAACUCUUAAGAGGUCGGAAAAAGGACAACUUGGAUCUUAAAAUUCAAAUCAAACACUGAAAGCACUAAGUGAAGAUUACAGAAUCACACUUGUCCUUUUUCUUACCUUAGCACAGAAAGGGGAGUUAAGUCUCGUUUGGAACUGCAUGGAUUUCUACAUUUCAGCACAUGUUAACAGAGUAAAACUUAAGUUAGUUUGAUUUGUGUUACAAAUGUUGUUUGCCUUUAAAUCAGAUUCCGGAUCAUCAAGUGGUUUCAGGAUACUGUGUAUGUUGUUGAUUUCUUAAUAUAAUUUCUUUUUACUCUAAUUUUUGUUAUGAGAUAAUGAGUUCUUGAGUUGAUACGUUUGUUUGUUGGUUUACCUAUCUGGAUUAUAAAUAAAGUUGAC